AUGAAUUAUCAAAUACCUAAGAAUCAAUCUGGUUCUUCCUUUCAACUCUUUACGAUAAUCAAUCAAUCCAACAUUGAAAUAUCUUCAAUUAAUCAUGUUCGAGAUGAAGAACUGGCAUUUCCAAAUCAACUUGAUCAAGAAGAAUCCUUUACAGAAACUGGUACAGAACCUGAUUCACAUCACUCUGAACAUUUAGACUUAUUCCAUAAGUUUAUGAUUAAUCAAGUUCGUCAAUCUGGAGUUAACUUAAGACCUCCAAUUAUUCCUUUGCAUCAUCCAUUAGAAGAAUUAACAGAAAUAAGAGAACCCAAAUUCAAGAUUGACUGGAUAUUUGUGGUAGUAUUUUCUCCUUUCAUGGGUUUACUUCUUGGAACUCUUUGCUACAAUGUCACUGGUUACUAUGAUGGUUUCGGCUCAUUUAUUAGUUUGCUUGCUACUUUACUGUUUGGUUUACUUGCUUUAGGCUUUUGGUUUGUUGCCAUUCAGAAACCACAUGAGGUUGUUUUUGAAAAUCAUAUGGGUUUGCUGGAUAAUAUUGAUAAAGUCGAUCAAGAGGAAAGUAUCUCACCAGCUUUGUUUCCAACUUUAGAUCAAGUAGCUCAAAGUUUUACUAGAGUUCGUGAUAUACCAUGGGACAUUGAGUUAGUUAUUGGUCUUACAGCUGGUCUUUUAUGUUGGUUGCUUUUUUAUGGCUAUACUGGUGUUUAUGAUAGAUAUGCUUUAGUUGUUUGUAUUAUGUCCAUUCUUUGGUUUGGAAUCAUGGCUUUGUGCUUGGGUCAAGAUGCUUACAAUCGUUUUAGAAAGCUUGACAAGGGUUCAUUAGCAGAAUUUAGAUUUAUUUCAUCUUUAUUUAUAAUUUUCAGCAUUAUCUUCCAUUACUCUCUUGUGGUAACCCUGAGACUUAACUGGACUGAAGUAGUGAAUCAAUAG